CUGCAAGAAAACGAAGGGAAGCGAAGCCCACGGUAACCCCGCCCUCACACACACGUCACGCUUUCUUCUGUGACGGGAUUGGGCAAGAGCCCGUCAGUCAAGGAAACGUCACGCUGUGAGUCAAGUGUUUCCGGGUAUCCGGAGAAGAAAGAAAAAAAAAUCAAUCUCGCCAUGUUUCACACAGAAAUAUCUGUCAAACGCUUAUAACGGUUUUAUUGAGCUUUGUGUUCGUGAGAGGGGAAACACGCAGGUGUUUUGUCGCGUAGACUCUGGAGAUAGAGCUACAGUGGAUGGUCGGAGCGCGGGACGGUGAUUUUACAAGUGUCUUUUAAUACAAUUGAAGUGGCACGCAAUGCACCAUGGAGGAGGCCCACCAAAUGUGCAGAGGAACCUUCAGAGAUCCAGGUCCUUCACUGGAUCUGAGGCGGAAGACCAACAACCACAGCAGCCCCAAAAACAACAGCAACAUCAGCAGCCCAUGCCGGUUACCCAGCAACAGCCGGCAAAUGCCAAUCACCCCCAGUCACCGGUGACAUCUUUUGCUCCGUCCGCCAGUCCCUCUGCACCACAGUCUCCCAAUUAUCAAAUCAUUAUGAGUCGGAGUCCGGUCACAGGCCAGAAUAUGAACAUCACUUUACAGAACGUGGGACCAAUGGUUUCUGGGAACCAGCAAAUUACCCUUGCCUCUCUUCCUCUCCAGAGCCCAGCAUCCCCUGGCUUUCAGCACCAGACUCAGCAGUGGAGGUUCGAGUCCGGGUCUUCAUCUUACGUGGUGACAUCACCCUUGCCCCAGACAAUGCAGCCUCAAAGUCCUACCCAGCACAGUCCGGUCCCCAUACAGGCUGUGCCCAGGCCGAGCGCUCCUGGGUCGGCUCUAGGAGUGUGCGGUCAGAGCCCGACAAGGUUUGUGGAGGCAGGUAUAAUGGUUAGGCAAAUCAACUUGGGCAGCCCUCCUGGAAGUAGUCAUUUUGUGUACCAGGAUGGAACAGGAUUGGCUCAGCUGGCUUCCACAACAGCUGGAGCCGUUCAGCUAACCUCACCUGGGACACCAGGGGCUAUCAGAGAGAGAUGCCUGUCCCAGCCGCACUCUCAAACCGGGGGCACCAUUCACCAUUUGGGGCCGCAGAGCCCUGUUGCUGCAGGGGCUGCUCUCCCAACAUUGGGCAGCCCUGGGCACAUCACCACCUCCAAUCUGCCUCCUCAGAUCAGUAGCAUCAUCCAAGGCCAGUUAGCGCGUCCCAUGAUUUUUGAGAAGACCGCGCAAGGCGUUGUGGCCUCUUUUGGGGUCCCAUCUGCAAUCCCUCCAUCCAGCCCAUCCAGGAGCAACCCUCCCCAAGGCCUCGCCAACCAGUCCCUGACUCCCACCAGCAUAAAGAAGAUGCAGCCGAAGAAGCUGGAGGAGAUUGCACCCUCAAAUCCAGAAGUGGCACAGUUGAGAAAGCAGUGUCUGGAGCAUCAUGCAAAGAAGAUGGAGAGUCUGAAGGAGGUGUUUAAGGAGUACCUGAUUGAGCUCUUUUUCCUGCAGCAUCUGCAAGGGAACAUGAUGGACUACCUUGCUUUCAAGAAAAAGCCUUGUGUGCCUCUCUUCACCUACCUGAGGCAAAAUGAUCUUGACCUUGAAGAUGAAGAGGAGGAGGAAGAGCAGUCUGAGGUCAUCAAUGAUGAGGUGAAAGUAGUGACUGGAAAGGAUGGACAGACGGUGACUCCUGUUGCUAUAGCUACACAACUCCCACCCAACGUGUCUGCAGCGUUCUCUGCUCAGCAGCAGUUCCAGACCCAUGCCGGGGUGGCAGGUGGCAGCAUCUCUAACUCUGUGGACAUGGAGGCUUUCAAGCGGCAGCAGGCCAUGGCACAAGCAGAUCAGGCUAAGAGGUCCCGGAUGGAAGUGGGUCGGCAUGGGAUGAUAUUCCAGCACCCCGCUGUAACUCCUUUAGGAUCUCCCGGCAUUCCCCUCCAGCAGCUCAUGCCUACAGCGCAAGACAACAUAUCGUGUUUCCAAUUCUUCAUUUUCUCCUUCUAUGGAACUCUUCCUUGCCCUCCAUAUCCCUCUAUCUUUCUCUCUUCUCUUUCCUCUCUCUGCUCUGUUUCCUUCAUCUUGCCCCCCAUAACAGGAGGCAUGCCCCCAACCCCACAAACAGUCCAGAUUGGUGGGCACAAACAGAACCAGCAGCAGUAUGACCCGUCCAAAGGUCCCCCUGUCCAGAAUGCCGCCAGCCUCCACACGCCACCCCCACAGCUUCCAGGCCGCCUCCCCCAGGGUGGGCUCCCUAUGGCUGGCCUGCCUCUCUCCCUGUCCCAGGGCCAGGCCAUGGUGGUGGAUCAGCAGGCCCUGGUGGCUGGUGGUCAGCUCCAGGUGAAGGUGCAGGGUGCCGGGGCCGUGCUGGCUCCAGUCAACCCACAUGCGCAGCUGCAGUCACAGCUUCAGCAGAUGCCGUCAGGGCUCCACCUACAGAUGCAGCAGUCGGUCAUGCAGCCUGGACAGGCAACUGUGGCACUUGUGCGUCCUGGAUCAGAUUCCUCCCAACCUGCCCAGCGUUUGAUGUCCAACUCUCUCUCCAACCCUGCCAUGUCUCCUGCUCUUUUAACAUCCCUGUCCUCUCUCCCCUCCUCACACCCUUCUGCCCCGGUCCGCACCAGCAGUACUGGCCCCAGCCUCUCUCCUGCUGCCCAGUCCAAACUUGCUGUCACGAAUGGCACCACCGGGCUGAAAAUGUCCAAUCUGGGUCAGAGUCCAGUUGGGCAGAACUCACAGGAAUGCUCUCAGGACAAGCAAGCAGAACAAGCCAAGCUGGAGAGUCAUGUGCACCAACGCAUUGCAGAGCUCCGUAAAGAGGGCCAGUGGUCAGCCAGCCGCUUACCCAAGCUGCAGGAGGCCUGCAGGCCCAAAUCCCAGUGGGACUACCUGCUGGAGGAGAUGCAGUGGAUGGCUGCUGACUUUGCCCAGGAAAGGCGCUGGAAGAUGGCUGCUGCCAAGAAGCUUGUGCGCACAUGUGCGCGUUACCAUGUUGAAAAGAAGAAGAUGGAGGAACGUGAGAAGAGGGAGGAGGAGAUGAGGCUGCGGCACAUUGCCAGCACCAUCGCCCGUGGGGUUGACUAUUUCUGGUCAAAUAUUGAACAGGUUGUGGAAAUCAAGCUGCGUUUUGAGAUCUAUGACAAACGACAAAAAGUUCUUAGCUUGCAGAAGGCUGCGAGUAAAGGCCAGUGUGCUAAAGUGACCCAGUCAGCUGGACAGAAGUCAGAUAAAGAGAGUAAAGGGCAGGAGACCGGCCCAUCCCGAAAGAGAAAGUCAAGCACCUCUCUUUCGGAUGUAGAGGUUGAAGAUGAGGAAAGUACAAUAGAGGAGCAGGAGGCGAUGGAGGUGGCAGCUGAUCAGAAAGCAGAGCUGGCCGAACUAACAAAAGAAGAUGUUCUGCAACCUCAGAAGCAUUCACCUGUGUUUGGGUUCAUUGCCUUUCACUCGGUGUGGGUUGUGGAAAUCAAGCUGCGUUUUGAGAUCUAUGACAAACGACAAAAAGUUCUUAGCUUGCAGAAGGCUGCGAGUAAAGGCCAGUGUGCUAAAGUGACCCAGUCAGCUGGACAGAAGUCAGAUAAAGAGAGUAAAGGGCAGGAGACCGGCCCAUCCCGAAAGAGAAAGUCAAGCACCUCUCUUUCGGAUGUAGAGGUUGAAGAUGAGGAAAGUACAAUAGAGGAGCAGGAGGCGAUGGAGGUGGCAGCUGAUCAGAAAGCAGAGCUGGCCGAACUAACAAAAGAAGCUGAAGUGCCAUUGGAUGAUCUGGUGAAGCAGUAUGCUGGUGCUUACGCAGAGGGCUUUGAGUGGCCGCAGCCUUCCAGCCAGAGCGAAGAUGAAGACCGAGAGGAAGCUGAUGACAUGGAUCCUCCGUUGGACAGUCCACAUGAUGCAGUGCUGAUAGACUCUUUGCUGAGCAUGGAUCAGUACCGUGGGGCCGAGCGGAUGGCUUUUGGCCCUGAUGGGAAGCCCACAAAGGAUAUCGCUGAGGUUGCUGCAGCAACGGACCUGAUUCUCCCCAAAGGCAGCGCCAGGACCACUCUAACUAGUCGUUCCUCUCCUCCUGCUCUGCUGCACGGCUCUCUGAGAGAGUACCAGCAGGUAGGGGUGGAGUGGCUGGCAAGCCUCCACCGCAAAAACCUUAACGGCAUCCUGGCAGAUGAAACUGGCCUUGGCAAAACUGUACAGACUGUGGCUUAUUUUGCUCACUUGGCCUGCAACCAGGGUAUCUGGGGGCCGCAUUUAGUGGUGGUGAGGACCUGUAAGCUGCUGAACUGGGAGAUGGAGUUUAAACGCUGGUGUCCUGGACUGAAGAUACUCCUGUACCUUGGCAGCAGAAGGCAGCGCAGAUACAAGAGAUCGCGGUGGUGUGAGCCCAACAGCUUCCACGUGUGUGUGACUUCAUACAAGCUCCUACUGAAAGAUCAGUCUCACUUCCUGAGGAGGCGCUGGAGGCACCUGGUUCUAGACGAGGUGCAGCUCAUCAAAAACAUGACGGAGAAACACUGGGAGACCAUCUUCAACAUAAAGAGGUUAGGAACAAUGCUGCUGGUUUCUAUACAGCAGGGGUACUCAAGUUCAGAGGCCCAGGGGGCCAUUAUGUGGACAUUUAAACCACAUAAAAUGCAAAGGGCCACAAAAUACAAUUUGCAUCAUAAGACUUUAUUUAAGACAAUAUUUGCGGUGGAGGGAAACGGGUUGUUUCUGCCGGUGCAGUAUGGGACUAAACCAGAGGGUCAUCUGGUCCCCCUGACUAGCAGCACCACUCAAGCCCCCCGUGCCACUGCUGUGACUGCUGCCCCCACCACCACUGCCAACCCUGCUACUGCAGCUCCAAGCACACAGCCCAGAGGCAAAUCGCCUCUUACCACAAGCACUUCUGCACAGGGUGGAGAUGUAGUGAAGGUUGCUCAGUUGGUUGGGCAGGGUCGUAUUGCCCAGCCAGAGACCCCUGUGACCCUGCAGUUCCAGGGCAACAAGUUCACCUUGUCUCCAAGUCAGCUGCGACAGCUCACCACCGGCCAGCCCCUGCAGCUCCAAGGCAACAUCUUGCAAAUUGUGUCAGCCCCUGGACAGCCUCUUCUCAGGCCACAGGGGCCGCCCAUGGUGAUGCCUACCAUACCCCAGGCUGUGCCUGUCCAGAACUCCUCAGGCACGCCGUCCCCUGCCACCUCCAUGCCACCGCAAGCAAGCACCACAGGCACUCCAGCUACCACAGACAUGGAAACAAAUGCUAAACGCGCAGCAAACGCCACAACGCAGGAGUCAAGCGAGGAAAGAAACAGGCAGCUGAAAGAGCGUCUGGCUAGUUUAUUUCAUGCCAAUGAGCGGCGGUCCUCACGCUCUGUGAUGUACGGUUCUGACCUGAUCAAGAGCUGCUCUGUUUAUGAGGGACGACCUCCACCAACCUUCCCCGCACCUCAGCACUCCCGCUGGUCUUGGGUCGGCAGAGACAGCUGUAUUAGGGCUCAGCAGACAUGUGUGUCCACGGUUGCUCCACUUCGCUCAGUGAUUCUCUCCAACACAGAGCAGGAGGCAGCAGCAGGCAUCUUGUUGAAGAGGUUCUCCUGCAUACUUCCUGCUGCUGUGGCCCCUCCCCCUCAGCUGUAUGCAUCCAAUCCUCCACCAUCUUACAGCCUAGCACAAAAAUCAUUCAGGCGACGGCUACAGGAAGUGUCUGCUCCACAAAACGCAGAGAUCCGUAACUUAGCCUGUCCUCCUGUCGUCAGGUUCCCUGAUGUACACAUGUUGGAGAUGGAUUCAGGAAAACUGGAGGCACUGUCCAUCCUGCUGCAGAAACUGAGCGCUGAGAACAGGCGUGUUAUGAUCUUCACCCAGAUGACCAGCAUGCUGGAUAUACUGGAGGCCUUCUUAGACCACAGUCAUCUCACCUAUGUACGGCUGGAUGAGUCUCUGUCACUGGAGGAGAGACAGGAGCAGGUCAAAAGGUUUAACCGCAACAGACAGAUCUUGUGCACCAUUCUGACCAAUCGCUGCUGUUCAGCCAUGGGCCACGUGUUUGACGCAGACACCAUCGUGUUUUACGACACAGACCUAAAUCCCAGCAUGGACAUGCGCACACAGGAGUGGUGUGACAAGAUCGGCCGCUCCAAAGACAUCCACAUCUACAGGUUGGAGAGCGGGAACUCAAUUGAGGAGAAGCUCUUAAAGAAUGGCACUAAAGACCUUAUAAGAGAGGUAGCUGCGCAGGGCAUGGACUACACUCUAGCCUUUUUAACACAGCGCACCAUUCAGGAUCUGUUUGAGGUUGAGGCUGGUUCUGGAGAGAAGGUGGAGGAGUUUGUGGUUCUCCACCAGGAGCCAUCCCCAUCCGAAUCUAUCCCCCCUCACGUGGCAAGACCCUACAUCCAGGCCCUGAACACCAUCCGACUGAAAACCCAGCAGGAGGAGGAGACGGAGGUAGACACAAAAAGUGAGAAAGUGGGAAGACAAGAAGAGAUGGAUGUGGAGGACGGGGUGAGAGAGGAGGCAUCACAGUUAGAGGAGCUGACAGCAGUCAUGGAGCAGUUGACUCCUAUUGAGAGAUACGCACUGCACUAUCUGGAGUACCUGCACAUCAGCGAGGAUGAACAGGUUAUAAAGGAGCGCUUGGAAGCUGCUAAGAGAGGCUGGGAGCAGCAGCAGCAACAAAAAAUAAAGGUAGAGAAAGAGGAACAAAUGAUCCUAGAAGAUGAGGAGGAUCUGUUCACCUACACCAGAGAGGAUGCAUACAACAUGGAGUAUGUGUUCGAGAAUGAGGAUGGACAAACCGAAAUAAUGCCGCUGUGGACUCCCCCAACUCCUCCACAGGAUGAUAACGAUAUCUACAUUGACUCUGUAAUCUGCCUCAUGUAUGACACUGCGCCUAUGCCCGAAUCCAAACUGCCCCCAGUCUAUGUCCGCAAAGAGCGCAAGAGACACAUGGAUCCGUCAGCUCUGGGACGUAAGAAAAAGAAGGGCCAUGGAGAAUCAGUGAUUCCUCCGCGCUCUCUCUUUGAUAAGGCCAGUCUGCUCAAAGUAAGGCGGGAGGGCAAAGACCAGAAGAAGAACUUCUCUCUGAAGCAACAGGCUCCCUUUGCCAAACCACUGCCCUCACUGCUCAAACCAGCCAUGGAAGCUGGGCAGGACAACCCUGAGUGGCUCAUCAGUGAAGAUUGGGCCCUGCUACAGGCUGUGAAGCAGUUACUGGAACUUCCUCUGAACCUGACCAUCGUGUCUCCAGCGCACACUCCUAACUGGGACCUGGUGAGCGAUGUGGUCAACUCCUGUAGCAGAAUUUACCGCUCGCCGAAACAAUGCCGUAACCGCUAUGAGAAUGUCAUCAUACUCAGAGAGGAGGGCAAGCUAAUAUAUGAAGCUAACCCUAAGAAGAACAAGACCAAGAGCAUUUAUAAGUCCAAGAAUAGUCGUCCUCUGCGCACAUGUCAGAUCUACACACAGGACGACAACGCCACCCAGAUCCAGCUAUACAACAACCGCUUUGAGCUGAUGAAAAUCAUUGCUAGCAAGAGGAGCCCGCCAAUAAAACCACUACUGGGCAUGAAUCCAUUCCAGAAGAAUCCCAAACAUGCCUCUGUGCUGGCUGAGAGUGGGAUAAGCUACGACAAGCCUCUGCCUCCUAUCCAGGUUGCCUCUCAGAGAGCUGAAAGAAUUGCUAAAGAGAAGAAGGCACUAGCCGAACAGCAGAGGACUCAGCAGUUAGCCCAGCAACAACAGCAGCAGACUACAGGAGCCGCCCAGCCUCAGGGAGCUGCUGCCCAGCCACAGGCCACUGCAGUGGCCGCACAGGCAGCGGGAGUGGCCCAGCCCAACCAACCCGGAGCAGCAGCAGUCCCCAACACCACUGUACUGACUGGAGCUAUCAAGACCGCUGCAGUGGGCACAAGUAUCCAGCCAGCGACAGCUACAGUGAGUGGAAAUAUGAUUGUAAACACUGUGGCUGGAGUUCCUCCUGGGCAGUUCCAGGCGAACAAGCGUCUGGCAUCUCCUGUCAUGCCUACGGCAGGAACGGCCACGGCUCAGGUGGUUCACACUCAGCAGAGGGCAGUGCCUGCAACGGCUGCCCCAGCGGAGGUCGUUGCCAUAGCGACGGGUCAGAGCAUGAGAGCUGUUACCCCAGUGACUGCAUCAGCUGUGGUGUCCACUAAUCUGACUCCGGGUCAGUCCCAAACACGCACGCUGGUUGCUUCAGCUCCCGGUAUGCAGUUCUCUCAGAGUAAACCACUCACGCCAGCUCAAUUCCAACAGUUACAACUCAGACAACAGUUACAGCAGCAGCAACAACAAACACAGGCUACAUCUCCACAGAUCAAAGCAGUAGGAAAGCCACAGCAGAAGCAGAAGCUGCAGAUGGCCCAGCAGCAGGUUGCGACGGCGGUUGCUGCAGCUCAAGGUCAGCAGGCUGCAUCUACUCAGCAGCCGCAGCAGAUUCACACCACAUCAGCGGCUACGUCCAACCCUCAGAUAGCAGCUGCGCCCAGAGCAGGACCUGUGCUUACUGGAACUACAGUCACCAACUUACAGGUGGCCAGACUGACACGUGUCACAGCCCCAGGACCCAUUCAAGCUCAAACCGCUCAGGUGACUCUGACCAAACCACCUCCUGUCGUCUCAGUUCCUGCUGUGGUCUCCUCCGCCGGAGUCACGACCCUUCCUGUCACUGUGGCUGGCAUUAGUGUUGCCAUCGGGCAAGCGCAGAAAGCAGGUGGUCCAGUGGUGACCCACCCGUUCCAGGUGCAACUGUUGCAGAGACAAAAGCAGCAGGCAGCUGCCCAGGCGGCUGCAGUCCAGAAGGCAGCACAGCCACAGCAAACACAGGCUGCAGUGCAGCAAAAGCUGGGCACGCAGCAGGCCGCUCAGACCACAGCCCAACAGCAGCAGAAAGUGACAUACACUGCCACCACUCAACUUCAGCCUGGCAUUAAGACCCAGUUCUUCACCUCCAUUGCACAGCCACAGAAACCAACCACAACACAGCAGAUACAGGUCGCUAAACUCCCUCAAAUAGUUCAGCAGCAGAUAGUAUCCUCACCUCAACAGAUCCAGGCUCAGCCUCAGACAGUGGCCCUGACGCAGGCAGCACCCGCAGCAGGUUCGGGACAGGCCCAGGUGCAAGUCACCACCGCAGCCACGCAGGCUGUGCAACAGAAGCUCCUCCAGCAGCAGGCUGUUACAGCAGCAGCCGCCUCCCCUCAAAUCCAGACCCCAGCGCCACACAGCCCUGCCCCGCAGCAGAGCAUCGCGGCGGCCACCGUCUCUGAGUCUCCAGCACAGCAGACCGCUGCCACCCCGCAGCCCCAGCAAGGCAAAGGAAACACCCGCACUGGGGCUGCCAUGCGCUCCAAAACCCCCGCCAAAGCCAGUGGUGGCAGCUAGAGAGUCAUAGGAGGAGGAAGUACCUGGGCACAGCAUAGGGCUUUUUUUGGUUUGUUUUGGUUUUUUCAUUUGCUUUGGAAAGACUGACCUUUUGUAAUACAGGAACUCACCGGUGACCGUCUGGAUUGAGCUUUUUACAAUUUGAAGCAACACUCAUAAGCUAACCACAUCACAUGUUAAUCAAACAUCACUCUGCCAGUGGCCCUCACACUAUGGCCAGUCCGUUUCUUUUGUUUUUCUUUUUUACAGCUUAUUAACCGAGGCUCGUUCAUCAGGAGUCAAGCAUGACUUUACCACAGUACGACGGCUCAUUUUCAUACUGAACUCUUUACCGAGCCGCCAAACGCUCCUUGUUCUUUUUCUACCAUGCUACAUGCUCUGUUUAUACAGCGUUUAACAUGUCAUGGAUCAAGUGCGUUUGGAUCACAACAGCCAUCAGCUUCAUCACUUGAACACUUCAUUUGGCUUGCCGGGAACUCUUUUGGCAGAUCGUCUCAACAUUAUUCAUAAUGUUCAAUCAGUCGAAUUAUAUGUGUGUGUGUCCCCCAAUGUUUUUUAGUAGCUGUGGUGGUGUUGUCCCUUUGCUGUUUGUGUCAGUAAAUAUCCCUUUAUUUAAGCAUUUAAUGAUGAGAAUCAAGAUUAGCAAGACUCAGCGAACCAAACUCAUUCUUUAGGGAUGUAUAAAUGGCAAACUACCAUUAGUUUGAUACAUGUGAAUGCUCCCUUUCUAUAAAAGAAUUGAAUACAUUAGCUUGUAUCAUGAAACCCCCCUAAAACAAAUUAUUGUCACCAUACACACAAGUUCAGCUGCAUGGAUGGAUUUCAUCUGAAAACUGUUUAGUGAUGUGUACUUGUGUGUGAAAUGUUUAAGUGGUACAAUAAUUCAGAAUGUGAUUUAACAACAAAUUGAUAGAAAACUAUCCUGCAAUGCAGCCAUUUCAUGGUAGCAGCUGUGGGAAGUAUCACCCUCCCAACUUAGAUUUGGAAGAAACGUCAUUGCUGAAAACACAUCUGUGAAAUAUUUCUGUUUUUCUUAUACAUAGUUAUGAACAAUGUCACCAUUAGUCAGUUGAGUCAGACCUCAGCUUGGCUGUUAGUGUGUUUACAUUGGCCUGCGAUCAGUAACGAACUGACUUAAAUCAAGACUUUCCCUCUGUGUGUGUAAAUCAUAUAAUGUCGGGGCUUUCAGUCAUAAAUACGUCUUUUUGUAUUGAUGUUGGGUCAGGUACACAUGUAAAUAACUCUGGAGGGGGGACAACGGCAUUUGUAUUUGUAAAGUACUUGUGUAUUCAUUGAAAUUUUUUUUUUCAGCCUACUUGUAUAAAGUGUUAUGUUUUUACACACGUCUUCCUUAUGCGGUCUUUAUUUGUCCAGAUGUGUAUUUGUAUUUUAUUCAGUAAGCUGUUUUAGAUGGGUUUCAGAUUACAUUAAGUCAGCGGUUCUGCCUGGAGUCCAUAGAUAUGCAUUUCUGUACGUCUGUGUGUGGACUUGCUGAGUGCAGUAUAUGUGUCAGCACACUGGCCAACAGGGAUUUCAGCAAGAUAACAAAUUGAAUCUCGCCUGCUCAAUACAAAAACACAUUUUAUUCCAGCAGCAAUGGUUCCGCAGGUGUUUUCUGCUGCUAGUUCUCAUCUCUAGCAGUAUAUAAUAGAUUGCAGCCAUAAUCAAUUGUUAUUUUUCCGGUUUAAGAAGCUUUCUAUUGACCUAAUGAAUGAAUGUCUGGUACUGCAAGGUGAAGUUUGCACAAGCCUUGAUUUGACUAGUGUUUAUGUCUUAGGUAAUCCAUAGGGGGGCGCUCUUUCAUUUUCACUUUUUGUGAUCAUAGCUGGUCUAUUGCAGAUUGGAGCAAAGUAGUGGUGUUUGCAAAUUAAACAUCACUAUUCGUUUUGCUUAUGGACAGGGAUUUGGACAAGAUCUUAAUUUAACUCCUCGCACAGUUUGUGCUAUGGAUGAUGUCGCUAAUCAUGUUGCUUGUUGAGCAGAGGUGUGUUAUUUCUUUCCCAAGCAAUUGGAGGUAAGAUGGACUGGACUUCUGACUUGAACCCGUUAGUAAC